AGACAACGAACCCGAAAAGAGCUUGGUCGCGGAUCAAAACGAAAAACGGAGAAAAAAGGUACAAAGAGAAAUAAUAAUCACGUCUGCGUCUUACAAAACGGCAACAACAUCGCAGCACAACAGAAGACAACAGACGGCAGACAUUUAUUUGCAGAGAGCCAUCUCCAUUUGCAGUGCAAGAGUGGGCCAGCACGGGGCAGGGGGGGCUAGCAGCAACCGUGGGAGAUGUCUGCGAUGCGGCAUCGUCCGAUGGCACCGCCAGGUCCGGGUGCCGGGGCUGGAGUCGGAGCAGGGGCGCCCGGGGAUCAUGGCGAUAGCGAUGACAACAACUUUACCGACGACGAGAGCUCGCCACUGACACACGACAUAUACGGCGGCAGCCAGCGCACGAUACAAGAGACAAAGGGUUGGGAUGUCUUCCGGGAUCCACCGAUCAAAAUUGAGACAGGGUCCACGGCGAACCAGGAGUGUCUGGAGCUAACCAUCAAGAUCCUCAAGAUCUUCGCCUACAUCAUUACUUUUAUUAUAGUUUUAAGCGGCGGCGUCAUAGCCAAGGGCACCAUGCUCUUCAUGACCUCGCAAGUGCGAAAGGACAAGAAGAUGGAGUACUGCAACAAAGACUUGGGACGCGACAAAACCUUUGUGGUGCGCCUGCCGGAGGAGGAGCGAGUGGCCUGGAUCUGGGCCCUAAUGAUAGCCUAUGCCCUGCCCGAGAUCGGGGCACUGAUCCGCUCCGCUCGCAUCUGUUUCUUCAAGACCUUCAAGGUGCCGAAGACGGGGCACUUUCUGUUCGUCUGGCUGAUGGAGAGCUUCAAUGCGAUGGGCACGGCGCUGCUGAUGUUCGUGGUGCUGCCCCAGAUCGAUGCCAUCCAGGGAGCGAUGCUCACCAACUGCCUGUGCGUCAUCCCGGGCAUCUUUGGGCUGCUCUCGCGCACCUCCAAGGAGGGCAAGCGGUUCGUCAAGGCCAUCAUCGAUCUGGCGGCGGUGGCGGCCCAGGUGACGGGUCUCGUCAUCUGGCCCCUGCUGGAGAACCGUCGCGAGUUGUGGGUCAUCCCGGUGGCCUGUGUGAUGAUCUCGUGCGGCUGGUGGGAGAACUACGUGUCGCCGCAGUCGUCCCUGGGCCUGGUGCGCGCCCUGGGGCGCAUCAAGGAGGAGAUGCGCUACACGCGCUACUUCUGUCACAUGUUCCUGUCCAUCUGGAAGAUCCUGCUCUUCUUCUGCCUCACGCUGCUCAUCUACUGGGCCCAGGGCGAGGAGCCCGGCAAUCUGUUUGCCCUGUACGGCGACGCCUUCGGUCCGCACAAGAUCAUUGUCUACGAGCUGCCAGCGGGUCUCGGCGGAGUCCUGCCCGACACCCUGGAGUCGGCCAACAUCGACACGGUCGAGGUGGACGCCGCCUACAACACGGUGGUCUAUGUGCUGCUCCUGCAGAUCUUUGGCGCCUACCUGUGCUACAUCUUCGGCAAGUUCGCCUGCAAAAUUCUCAUCCAGGGCUUCAGCUACGCCUUCCCCGUGAGCCUAACCGUGCCCCUGGCCGUCUCCCUGCUGAUUUCCGUGUGCGGCAUUCGCAUCGACGAUCCGUGCUUCUUCCACGACACCAUUCCGGACUAUCUGUUCUUUACGAGUCCCUCGAACUUCCGCUUCAACAACUUUGUGACGGAGCAGAUGGCCUGGGCGUGGAUCCUGUGGCUGCUCAGCCAGACCUGGAUCGCGCUGCACAUCUGGACGCCCAAGUGCGAGCGCCUGGCCACCACGGAGAAGCUCUUCGUGAAGCCCAUGUACUCCUCGCUGCUGAUCGACCAGUCCAUGGCGCUCAACCGCAGGCGCGACGAUCAGGCGGACGUCAAGACGGAGGACCUGUCGGAGAUCGAGAAGGAAAAGGGCGACGAGUACUACGAAACCAUCUCGGUGCACACCGAUCGCUCCUCCGCCCCGAACAAGCCCUCGAUCAAGUCCUCGGACAACAUAACCCGCAUCUACUCGUGCGCCACCAUGUGGCACGAAACCAGAGACGAGAUGAUCGAGUUCUUGAAGAGCAUCAUGCGCAUGGACGAGGACCAGUGUGCGCGCCGUGUGGCCCAGAAGUAUUUGCGGGUGCUCGACCCCGACUACUACGAGUUUGAGACCCACAUCUUCUUCGACGACGCCUUCGAGAUCUCCGACCACAGCGACGAUGACAUCCAGUGCAAUCGAUUUGUGAAGCUGCUGAUUGCCACCAUGGACGAGGCAGCGUCGGACAUACACCAGACCACGAUACGGCUGCGUCCGCCCAAGAAGUAUCCCACGCCGUACGGCGGUCGCCUGGUGUGGACGCUGCCCGGCAAGACUAAGUUCAUCACCCACCUGAAGGACAAGGACCGCAUUCGCCACCGCAAGCGCUGGUCCCAGGUCAUGUACAUGUACUACCUGCUGGGCCAUCGGCUCAUGGAGCUGCCCAUAUCGGUGGACCGCAAGGAUGCCAUUGCGGAGAACACCUACCUGCUGACCCUGGACGGGGACAUUGACUUCAAGCCGAAUGCCGUCACGCUGCUGGUGGAUCUGAUGAAGAAGAACAAGAACCUGGGCGCCGCCUGUGGCCGCAUCCAUCCGGUGGGCUCGGGGCCCAUGGUGUGGUACCAGCUCUUCGAGUACGCCAUCGGCCAUUGGCUGCAGAAGGCCACCGAGCACAUGAUCGGCUGUGUGCUCUGCUCCCCCGGCUGCUUCUCCCUGUUCCGCGGCAAGGCCCUCAUGGACGACAACGUGAUGAAGAAGUACACGACGCGAUCGGACGAGGCCCGGCACUAUGUGCAGUACGAUCAGGGCGAGGAUCGCUGGCUCUGCACGCUGCUGCUGCAGCGCGGCUAUCGCGUGGAGUACUCCGCGGCCAGCGAUGCCUACACCCACUGCCCGGAGGGCUUCAACGAGUUCUACAACCAGCGACGCCGCUGGGUGCCCUCGACCAUCGCCAACAUCAUGGACCUGCUGGCGGACGCCAAGCGCACGAUCAAGAUCAACGACAACAUCUCGCUGCUGUACAUCUUCUACCAGAUGAUGUUGAUGGGCGGCACCAUCCUGGGGCCCGGCACGAUCUUCCUCAUGUUGGUGGGCGCCUUCGUGGCGGCCUUCCGCAUCGACAACUGGACCUCCUUCCACUACAACAUCGUUCCGAUUCUGGCCUUCAUGUUCAUCUGCUUCACCUGCAAGUCCAACAUUCAGCUGUUCGUCGCCCAGGUGCUGUCCACCGCCUACGCGCUGAUCAUGAUGGCGGUGAUCGUGGGCACGGCCCUGCAGCUGGGCGAGGACGGCAUAGGCUCGCCCUCGGCCAUCUUCUUGAUAUCGAUGGUGGGCUCAUUCUUCAUAGCCGCAUGUCUGCAUCCCCAGGAGUUCUGGUGCAUAACGUGCGGCCUGAUCUAUCUGCUGUCCAUUCCCUCCAUGUACCUGCUGCUCAUCCUCUACUCGAUCAUCAACCUGAAUGUCGUCUCGUGGGGCACGCGCGAGGUGGUGGCCAAGAAGACCAAGAAGGAGCUCGAGGCCGAGAAGAAGGCCAACGAGGAGGCCAAGAAGCGGGUCAAGCAGAAGAGCAUGCUCAGCUUCCUGCAGAGCGGCAUCGGCGACAACGGCGACGAGGAGGGCUCGGUGGAGUUCUCCCUCGCCGGACUCUUCCGCUGCAUCUUCUGCACCCAUGGCAAGACCUCUGACGAGAAGCAGCAGCUGACGACCAUUGCCGAGUCCCUGGACACGAUCAAGCAGCGCAUGGACACCAUCGAGAGCGCCGUCGAUCCGCACGGACACCACGCCUCGCGCCACAACAGGCGCAGGACCACUUCCAGCGGCUCCAAGGAUCACCAUCUGCUCACUUCGGUGGCGGAGAAAUCGGGCGACGAGUCGGACGUCUCCGAUUCGGACACUUCGGCGGAGCCCAAGCAGGAGCGCGACUUCCUCACGAACCCCUACUGGAUCGAGGAUCCCGACGUGCGCAAGGGCGAAGUGGACUUUCUGUCCAGCACCGAAAUUCAGUUCUGGAAAGAUCUCAUCGAUCAGUACCUCUAUCCCAUUGACAAUGAUCCCGUGGAGCAGGCCCGCAUUGCCUCCGAUCUGAUUGAGCUGCGGAACAAGUCGGUGUUUGCGUUUUUCAUGGCCAACGCCUUGUUUGUGUUGAUUGUGUUCUUGUUGCAACUGAACAAGGACAAGUUGCAUAUCGUUUGGCCGUUGGGCGUUAAAACGAACAUUACCUAUAUCGAAGAGACAUCCGAGGUUCACAUCUCCAAGGAGUAUCUGCAGCUGGAGCCCAUUGGCCUGGUCUUUGUGUUCUUCUUUGCCCUCAUUUUGGUCAUACAGUUUACGGCGAUGUUGUUCCAUCGCUUUGGCACCAUCUCGCACAUUUUGGCCUCCACCGAGCUGAACUUUUGCAAAAAGAAAUCGGAGGAUCUCACACAGGAUCAGCUUAUAGACAAGCAUGCUGUGGAGAUCGUCAAGAAUCUGCAGCGCUUGCAGGGCAUCGACGGGGACUAUGACAAUGACUCUGGCUCGGGACCCGAUCGCAUAGCCCGCCGCAAGACCAUCCAGAACCUGGAGAAGGCCCGGCAGCCGCGUCGACAAAUUGGCACCCUGGAUGUGGCCUUCAAGAAGCGAUUCCUCAAGCUCACUGCCGAUGCGGAGAACAAUCCCGCAACGCCCAUUCUCACGCGUCGCCUGACCAUGAGGGCCGAGACCAUUCGGGCCCUGGAGGUGCGCAAGAACUCGGUGAUGGCCGAAAGACGCAAGUCGGCCAUGCAGACACUGGGCGCGAAGAAUGAGUACGGCAUUACCACAGGAGCACCGGUGAACAAUAAUGGAGUUGUGCCCAAUCAGCGGAGUGGACGGGUGUCAAAUGCUGGCAUUAGCAUCAAGGAUGUCUUCAAUGUGAACGGAAUACCGCCAGAGCAGAUUUAUGGCUCUAAUGGCGGUGGCACCAUCAAUCAGGGCUACGAGCAUGUCAUCGAUGAGGACGGCGAUGGCAACUCGCUGCGUCUGACCACUCGCAACCCACAUCCGCAUCCCCAGGUGUCCUGGGGCCAGAACACCAGCGGCGGCAACACCACGGGCCGCCUGUAAACUACUUUAAUGUGUAAGCUAGAGAUCUUGUUAACGAAUUGUUCCGCCUCUUUCCAUAAACUGCCUAGAACAUAGACCUAAACCUAAACCUAAACAUAACACCUACAUCUAGAGCUAUAGUCAAGAACAUUAUUGUGUUGUACAUACUCGUAAUUAGGAGACAUGAGAGGAGAUAUAGAUAAAGAUAGGGAGUGAGAGUGAGAGUGAGAGUGAGAGACGAUGCCUUGUCGACACAACGAACAUAAUGCUUAGCUAAUCACACUGCCAGUGACGAUGUGUGGGCCCCAGAAUGGCAGCAAACAUUCGUACUAUGUACUAUACUAUAUCAUUUGUUAGGUUAUGUUUAAGUCAAUCUGUGGCGAACCCACUACCAGUGCAAGCUGACACAAAAUACUCAACGCUCAGAGCUCAUUCGAAAGUGCAGCAAUUAAGAGGGAA